AUGGCGGCACCUGUGCGCCACUCCCCUUCCACAUCACUGGUGGCCAGCCGACUGUGGGGCAAGGAGUGGUCGUACACGCGCGAGAAAGGAACUUUGCUUAGAAAUGUAACAUUACUAUAUAUUCACCCGAAAAUUCGGUGCACAACCAAUGUGAGACUAAACCCGUCACCUUCCUCAGAAGAGGCGGGGGCAAUCGGCACGGGUUCGAAUCUUCCUAAAGCCAAAACUCAUAUUUUUAUCUGAUUAUCGCAACUUUCUUACAUAUCGCCGGUGAAGGAUUAAGUAACCAGAAUCGUUGAAUCAUCGGUGAAAAUCUCGUCAACGCGAUUUGCGGAGCAUUGUUACUCAAAUUGCUGAAGGAUUCACAAUAAAAGGAUCGCGAAUCCAUCAAGUAAAUCAUCUCUGAUUGAUCGACGAACAAGCCGUCGUCGGGAAGAGGACGAUCCGUUGGGAGACGAGUCCCCACCUCCUGAGAGUGUACCAGAUGCGAUGAAGAGCCUCCUCUUGCUGCACAGACCUGAGGAUAAAGCUCCCUGA